AUGAAACAGAGCAAGAACCGAGGGAUUAAUGAAUCUGUUUCGGUUUGCUGGAGCCCGUUUGGGAAUGAAUUAGAAAAUAACGAAACAAACAACGUUCUCGGCGGCGGCGGCAGCAGAAGUAGCGGUGGCUCAAGGGAAGUUAGAGAUGGGUUUCUUUGGUUUCGUGAUAUAGGGAAAUAUGGGUCCGGUAAAUUUUCCGUGCCCGUGAUCCAAGCGAACCAGGUGCUAGAGGACCAGAGCCAGAUUGAGUCGGGCCAAUUCGGCACCUUCGUCGGAAUCUAUGACGGACACGGAGGAUUCGAGGCGGCACGUUACGUUUGCGAUCACUUGUUCAGCAAUUUUCGAGCAAUGGUGGCUGAAUCGGGGGAAGUUGUGACUGCUGAGACCAUUCAAAGAGCUUUUCAACAAACAAAGGAAGGUUUACGGCCCUGGUGUCGGAGCUAUAGAAUACUCGACCAAAUAUGGCAAUUGUUGGACUUACAAUCAUUUGAGAGCUUUAAUUAUGUUCAUUCACGUGCUUUGAACAAAAGAAUGGGGGAUUAG